GAUUACCAAUCGUCGUUCUCAUCUCAUAGUUUCGAGGCUUGUAACUUGGCUGAUCAGUCGCUUGGGUUUUCGUCGUAGAGAGAACAAUGGCGACGUCAGGACAGUGGCUGGAGAAGGCGUUGGACGAUCUCUGCAAGAAGAUGGAAACUGGUUGGGGUCUUGAUAAGGAUAUGAUUUCGGGAUUGGUCUCGUAUUGUGAGCUCGCCCAGCCCCAAGACGCUAAAGAGUACCUUGAUAACAUCAUAGGUCAGGAAGUUGGGAAAAGUGUGAUAGAUGAGUAUUUACGCCUGCGAGGCUACUCUGACCCCUGCAGCAAAACAUUGGAUGUUCCAACGUCAAACUUACACGCAUAUGUCAAGCCACCCUCCCAUGAAGGUUCUUUUGGCGGAUCCAAGAAACCUGUUAAAACACCAAAAACCAUUUCUAUCUCCAGUAAAGAGAUAGAACCAAAGAAGGUCGCAAGCUCUAGUAAGGUGGAAAACCAGGUUUCAUCGGACACUCGCAACCCAUUGUCUGGUAAAGGGAAUCAGGGUACUUCCAAAAAGAAGAAGGCUGCCAAAGCUGUUUCUCUGGCUGAAGCUGCCAAAGGAUCAUUUGUGUUCCAGCAAGGAAAACCAUGUUCAUGCCAAGCUCGUCGUCAUAGGCUAGUAAGCAAUUGUUUAUCAUGUGGCAAGAUUGUAUGUGAGCAAGAGGGAGAAGGGCCAUGCAGUUUUUGUGGUUCCCUUGUUCUGAGAGAAGGGAGCACGUAUGCUGGUAUGGAUGAAGGUUUUACCCCACUUUCAGAUGCUGAAGCAGCCGCUGAAGCUUAUGCCAAAAGGUUAGUUGAAUAUGACAGAAACUCUGCUGCAAGGACAUCUGUAAUUGAUGAUCAAAGUGAUUAUUACCAGAUUGAGGGCAACAACUGGUUGUCUAACGAGGAAAAGGAACUUUUGAGAAAGAAACAAGAGGAAAUUGAAGAGGCUGAGCGAGCUAAACGAAACAAAGUGGUUGUAACCUUUGACUUGGUUGGCCGCAAGGUUCUUUUGAAUGAAGAUGAUACUUCUGAACUUGAAUCGCGCAACAGUAUCUUGCGGCCACCAGAUGAAAGAGAAGUGAACAGGAUUAAACCAAACCCAUCUCUUCAAAUACAUCCCGUCUUCUUAGAUCCAGGCCCCAGAGAGAAAUCCACCAAACCCAGAAACUCAAACAGAACGGUAAGCAAUGGCAUUUGCCUGGAAAUUACUGGAAGGGUGCAGCAUGAUAGCAACGAAUUAAAGAACUUUAUGGUGGAAAAUGAGUUGGAAACGUCAUUAAAUAGGAAGGCUUGGCAAGGGCCUUCGGUAAAUCACAGGCCGCAAUUGCAGGACAAUUAUGAAUGUUCUUUAGAUGCUCGUUGAAGCAUAACAACUUAAACAGACUACUAGACUUGUGUUCAAUUAUCCUACUACUCUAAUCUCAGUAUAAAACUUUUCACUACAGAAUAUUUAUCUUGUAAUUCUCUUGGCCUCA